AUGUGUAGGGGUUGUCCCCCUAUCAUUCUUGGCGGUCUUACCUUAUCCUAUCCUCGCAACGUCAGAGGAUUGCCUCCUCGGUUGCAGAGCCCUGGAUGUGUAGGGGUUGUCCCCCUAUCAUUCUUGGCGGUCUUACCUUAUCCUAUCCUCGCAACGUCAGAGGAUUGCCUCCUCGGUUGCAGAGCCCUGGAUGGGAUUGCCUCCUCGGUUGCAGAGCCCUGGAUGUGUAGGGGUUGUCCCCCUAUCAUUCUUGGCGGUCUUACCUUAUCCUAUCCUCGCAACGUCAGGGGAUUGCCUCCUCGGUUGCAGAGCCCUGGAUGUGUAGGGGUUGUCCCCCUAUCAUUCUUGGCGGUCUUACCUUAUCCUAUCCUCGCAACGUCAGGGGAUUGCCUCCUCGGUUGCAGAGCCCUGGAUGUGUAG